AUGGACUCUGCUCAUGGGCGUCGACCACCUGCAGCUAAAACAUCCCUUCGACGUGGCCCCGACUUUGAUAUUAGACCGGAUACAGAAGUUAUACCACAGUCCAGAGGCGACCAUGAACGGCCCAAAAGCACAAACGUCCAGACUGCUGUCAUCGCUCACUUAUCGCGAAGUUCUGAAGCCAAACCUGUUAAGGUUAUGUCUAAAUCAGGGCACUCUAGUGAUGGUGGCGCGAUGUCAACCUCCAGGACUGCCCAGAAUUCUUCAGACAGACGCACAGGAGUCAAGAAAAAACCAGAUAAAGCAUCCCCAAAGGAGGCCAACGGCAGCUUCGAGAAUACUCAAUCUUAUCUUACCACAGGCAAGAAACCUUCCAGCUUUCCUGAAAGACUUAAAGAUCAAAGAACUUGGGAGCAUUCGAAAUCAUCUUCACAAACACCAAAAAAUAGAAAGUCAGAGAGGGGUGCGUCAAAGUCCACAGAUAUGGAAAUGGCAUCUACAAGACAGUCUUCUUCCACUGUACAAAAAAUCAGCGUUGACCCAACUGCUCAAAACAAGUAUGCGUCUAUGCCCAUUAUACGACUUUCAUAUGAAGAUAGUGAGACGCAGAUAGGUAUUGACAAUGAAAACGAGCACAUAAAUAUACCAAAUGAUACAGCAAAGGUCGAGAGAAAAGACAGAAAAGUAACACAACGUACAGCAUUGAUAGAAAAGAAUUCCAGAAUGUCGGCAUCUAGUGAGAAAGUGCGCGAAAAACAAUCUCAAAACAAACAUUUUUCUGGCGAUAAAGAUACCACUGAACAAGAAAAAAGUUUGUUAAAUGACAGACAAGGUCAUUCUAAGUCUAUGCAACUACUAAUCCCCAAAAGGCAUCAUCGAAGACGUUCAUCUAAUAGGAAAACUGAAAGCGUUGCUGUUGAAAUCCCCUCAUCAGGAGCAACAAACUCCACCGCUCUUCCACAAAAGCGACCAUCUUCUACUCAAAAGAAGCCCGCCUCAUUUAAAUUUUUCCAAUCUCUAAAGAAGUUUUCAUUCCGUGGAACAAAAUCUACAGCGGUAUCACCGACACUAUCCCGACCUCGUAAAAAGUUUUCUAUAGGACAUGUCAGUCAGGACCCGCUUGAGGUGGGUUACGAAAUCCUUGAUGACACCGUGACCACAGUAGUACCAAGAACCUCUAUUCCAACAAUGGCGGAGAAACGAAGAUCUGUACCUAACAACGAACAUCGGAAAUCCUCAGUAGAAGAACCAUUACUGUCGAAACAUUUGGGCUCUGACGUCAAAGUGGAUACGCAUCCCCCGAAAUCACUACGUAUAUCUUUCAUGCAGACGUUCCCGCGAACAAAACACCAGCGCUCGGAACAAUAUUCGUCUUUCUUGGAACUCAACCGGCCAAGACCAACUCCAGCAUCGUCAUUAUCAGAAACGGCGAGUCAUUUCAUCUCCAACCAAUUACAAUCUCCCCCAUCCACAUUCACCACGUUUCACAAAACUCCAAGUUCGUCGUCAUUUAUUUCUGCAGAUGCUCGAUCCGAAGUUUGCCUCGACAUCAUCGAUGCAGUGGUGGACUUUGGCUGUGGGCGCGCCUGGGUGACGGACAACCACUUUGUCCUCUCUAAACAUGUCUACAACAUGCCCGGCUACAUCGAGAACCUGGAGGAUUUGCAAAACUUCGUCUCCAAGAUGGCUGGCGAACCAGUGUCACCAGAUCAUCCUCUAUGGGAGAUACAGGUCCUGCAUAACUUCCGCGAGCCCCGUGACACUGUUCUGUUGUUCAGAAUGCAUCUCUGCAUGACAGAUGGCGAGUCUUUGAUUCAAAUCUUGGAGGACGCCCUUGUCGAUUCACAGAAGAUCUGCCACCAGAAGAGGGAGUUCAGCAGGCAGGCAUCUAACGUUUCGGCACUAAGAAUCCUCUUCGGUGGACCGGUGACUUUCUUGACCAAAUACUUUUUCAGAAGACCUGAUUAUAACCUGCUGCAUGGUGCUCAUAUCUGUCCGUCCGGGGAGAUGGUGGUUGCCUGGUCGGAGCCUUUCAGCCUGAGUGCAGCCAUGCGAAUCAAGCAGGUGGCCAGGUGUACCUUAGGUGAGCUGUUCUUGUCGAUCACGGCGGGGAACAUGCGGACCUACCUGCAAAUGUUUGGCAUUACACACCCGUACGACAUCAGUUGUGUGGUACCAGUCGAUAUACACGAGGAUAAUGAUGACGCUGUAGAGAUAGGCAACAAUUAUUCCCUGGUGAUCAUGCAGUUACCAACAAACACCGAAGGAAUCAUCCCACGAUUGUGGCAGGUCAAGUACGACAUGGCGCAGUUCAAGUCGUCUGCUGAAGCCGCCGUUGUUAAUGACGCCCGGUGGUUGACGUGUGCUUUGCUUCCGAUAUCUGCCUUCCAGCGGAUGUGGCGAAAGUUAGAAACACUGUCCAAACUGCUGGCUCACAGAAGGAUCCCAGAAGACGCCGCUUACAAGGCCAGGUGCGAGACAAACCGAUCAUUGUCCAACUUAACCUUGGACGACCUUACAGCUGACCAGAUUCAACUGGAGAUGUCCUUGGUGGAGCAAGAAGUUCAUGAUCUCAAGAUACAGCUCAACUCCAGCUCCAGUCAUCGCAUCAGCGAUGAGGACAUCCACCUUAUGUCCAGGAUUGAGGCUCUCAAGGAAAGGUCCCGGGAGUUGAUGCUUCAUCUGAGAAAACGCAAGGCCGAAGAGUCAGAGAAUGCCAUUAUUCUUACCGAAGAG